AGACACGAUCAUCAGACCUGCACUGCUUCAACAUUCACAUUCUACACAGCCACUACACACAAACCAACUGAAGAAGGAAAGAAGCCUGUCUCUGCUUCACUUCACUCGGCACCGACUCCAUGUCUGCGUCCAGCUGUGACUCCACAUCUGGAUCGUGUUAGCAGAGAAACCCCUCAGUCACUCAGCCCUGCCUCACUCUGCGCGUCACGUGGUGCGCCUCUGUGACUCGGGGUGGUGGGCGUGGCCUAAGCGGUGGGGUUUCAUUCAUAAAUACUCUUAGCCUUUGAAAUCCACAUUAAAGUGCUCGCAGACGAGUUUCACGCUGCUGGCACCGGGCCCCGCCGCCGCUGCGCAUGGACCAGACUGGUUGAAGUAGCCAUGCAGCACUGCCGUCCUGUUGCUCCGAGGCCAGCGAGCCAGCCCUGACGGGGGGGAGAAAGCACUUGAGGGGGCUGGGUGGGCUGAGGUGCUGAGGAUGCAGCAAGGGAGCUGAGGAGGAGACUCCGGAGCCACAGCCUGAUACACACAUUCAGAACUGCUGCUACUGCGUGCUGAACCUCCAUCAGGGGGGACUCUCUAGUUGGUCUGGACCAUGAGCAAUGAGUCUACCGUCUGGAACAUCCUACCAGAAAACUCCACAGAGAUCCCAUUCAAGGCCAAGGAGCAGCAAGAUGGCUACGUGCUCAUCCUGGUGAUCCUCUCCAUCUUCCUGGUAGGAACAUUGAUCUUCAUCUCGGUCCUCCUCAUCACCUGCCGCCGAUGCUGUCAUAGAGGGCAAUGCUGUAACAGGGCCAGCGAUGACCCUGAAAAAACCAACACCACCUACAUGGAGGAGUCUCAGCCCACCCAUGAAAUUACCAUCAGGGUGGAUGAGUCAGAAUGCCUGUCAAUGGCCAGCUCUCACGAUCAAGAGACAGAGCGCUUCCUCUCCACCGGCACCACAGGCCGCCGCGUCUCCUUCAAUGAGGCAGCACUCUUCGAUCAUGGCAAGAAGACCCAGGAGAAGGGACGCAGGUACACUCUGACAGAGGGCGACUUUCACCACCUGAAGAACGCCCGCCUCACACACCUCCACAUCUCACCCCCAGCUCUCAAGAUAGUCACCAUCCACGAGUGCGACUUGGCCGAGAACACCAUCACCAUGACAACGCGUCCUGUUGCUAAGUCAUCACUUUCCAUCUUCCAGCCAAUGCUGUGCCCCCUUCCACAAACAGCGCUGACCAGCCUGAGUGUCAAUCCCAGCUGUGCCCUCCCUGGAGAUGCUCUCAACUCAGUGGUGGACACCAGCUUCAAUGAGAACACUGUCGCACUCAGCACUAAAAAGCCUUGCUCCAGCUCUAUCGAGAUGAUGGGAGCUGGACCGCGGGGCAGAGGCAGCAGUGUCAGUGUUGGAGAAGGGGCCGCGGUGGGAAGUGGUGCAUAUCCUGAUUGUAGUGGUGGUGGUAGUACUGGAAGCCAGGGGCCCAUGCUGCAAUUCUUCACCAAACUGCGGCGUCAUGCUAGUUUGGAGGGGGCCAGUCCCUACUUCAAGAUCAAGAAAUGGAAGCUGGACAGCAGCCAGAGAGCCUCGAGUUUAGACACUAGAGGCUCGCCAAAGAGGAGACAGUUCCAGCGCCAGCGCGCGGCCAGUGAGAGCAUGGACCAGGAGGAAAACGACGCGCAACACAUAGACCUCAUCCAGUACAUCGCCCGCACCCAGGACGUCACCUACGGCACCACCCAGCCCGCCACCCGCCUUCUCUCGCCUCCCUCUACACCACCCCCCUCCCUCGGCAGGGUAGAGGUAGAGGUGAUGGUGGAGCCCCGCUGCAGCCAAGGAGGACCAGGGGUAAUUGGCCUGUCCCCUGAUCCCCAAGACGAAGCACUGAACCUGACAAGAAGGGAAGGUGCAGACCCCUUGGAGCCCCAAGAUCCCCAGGUCCCCCAGUCACUUUACAGAGACAUCUGGACUCUUCGUGCAACACUGGAACAGUACGCCGCAUCUGAUAGGAGCAGCAACAAUGACAGAAACUCCGUCUGCAGUGAUGUGGACAGUGUGUGUUCACUAGGUGGACGAACAGAGACGGAGAGAGGAGGGCUCCCCAGCUACCCAUCCCAAGAUUUAGGGGAUGAAGCAGAAGGUGGGGAGGAUGACAAGGGCUUUUUGAUGUAUGUGGAUGAGAGGUUGGGUAAGAAGGAGGGUAAAAAAAGGAAAAGCACAGAAUCAGAGCGAGGGGGCAGUGAUGGAGAGACAGGGACUCGUAAACUGCUGCAGAUGGAUAGCGGCUAUGCUUCAAUAGAUGCUCCAUCCCGAGGUCCAGAAGACCUGCGGCUGUUCGGAAGCAGCAGCAUCAGCAGCAGCCCAAAGGACAGGACAGCCCACGAGAAAAGGCACCACUUCACCAGUGCAGGGCGAAGUGGCACUAUAGGUGACAGCUUCGAAUCUCAUCUCUUUGAGGAAGAGCCAGAAGAUGAGUUGUUGUUGGGAGCCAGUGGUGGAGUUUCCAUUGAAACAGGUCCUGGUUCACUGAGCUGGUUUCCAUAUGGUCAGAUGCUCACACCCCGAGAGGCCGCGCAACUUUCAUCCCAACCACCAACCCUGCACCGACGAGACUACAGCAUCGACGAGAAGACGGAUGCCCUCUUCCAUGAGUUUCUCCGCCACGACCCUCAGUUUGAUCAGUUAGAAUCACCACUGAGGAAACACAGGUCACGAAUCCACCUCCGAAAGCAGUGGCAGCGGCACAAGCAGUGGAGCGACCCUGGUGUCAGACACUUCCAGUCAUCCUUUGAGAGACAGCGGACUCCGCUACGGAGGGGUGAAAGUGUAAACUACCCACUGGACACGAGCUACCACAGCACCCUGCCCCGCAUCGUCAGUGCUCCUGACGAGGAGACCAGCGAUGGGACGGGCAGCACUCCUGACACUCCGAAGGUAGAGCCUAUGACUACUGAGGAUGAGAGCAAAGGCAUCACUGUCAGAGACACUGCGGACCACGCCUCAUCUCCUCCUUCUCAUUCCUCCGUCUUAGAGAAAGAUGACGGACUGAGUGAGCACCUUGACCAUCAAGAGGACAGCAAACAGUCAGGAUUCCCACCCGAGCCUCUGGAUGAACGCUCACCCCCUCUGCUCCCUGACUCCUCAGGCUAUGGCCCACAAACCAUCACUGCAGAGCUCACAGACAAACUGACUGGUAACCUGGAUGAGAGGCUGUACACAGGCCUUCGCAGGACCAGGGACACAGCCAAUGAAUGUGUGAUGGUGACAGCCACACACGCCUCUCCAGAUCACAGCCCUGUGUAGCUCAGCUAGAGUCGUCCUCCUCGUCAGUCGUCCUCCUCCUGCUGAUACACACUUUGUUUCUGUUUGUCUUUCCUCAGUUUAAAUGUCUCUGUACAGUUUGAAUGGUGUGAGCCAGACCCAAAAAGAAACAAUGGAAAGUUUACUUCAAAUCAAAUCUAUAAUCAAGAACUUAUUCUCAGAUAAUGUUAGAUACAGUUGAUCUACUAGAAAUGCAUCCAGUCUCUCUUUAUGCCUGUUGACAUUACAAAACUUUUCAGUGUUGCCAUUUGACAGUUCAUUGAAGAACAAUGUUACAUAUAUAGAACUAACAUAUCAAAAUAAUGGUUUAAGUAAUAACAGUUUGUCCAGUGUUACAUUUUUUUUGUCUGUUGUCUAUUCAGUCUCUUUUUUCAUGUCUCUACUGCUGUUAUUCCUGCUCUCCAGUAACAAUAAGUGAAGCUGAGGGCCAGAAUGGCCUCUAUACUUGUUGAUCCACUGUGAAACUAGGUGCUAUUAGAUGUGAAGAAAGCUACAGAUCUGGACACAGAUCGCACAUAGUGAGUCAUGUUAUCAUACUCAUUAGAUAAAAGAUUAGUUAUGUUAUCAUAAGUUAUAUGAGGCUGAAUUCACGGAUAUAGUGGAGGUGAUGUAUAUAGAGCUGUUCAGACUGAUUAUUCAGGUCAGUGGUUCCUAAGCCAUGGGUCAGAAUCUCCAAUGAAGUAUCUAAAGGCUGACCAGAAAAUGAUAUCAAUAUUUUUCUAUUUCGAAUGAUUCUUGGCCAUUAUUCGAUAUAGAUCAACAUGGAAGUUAUUGUAGAUGUUGCUUGGAGCAAAUAACUCUUUUUAUAUAGAUUGAUGAAAUAUGUUGAUAGAAUAUUGCUACUUCUGUUGAGAUCUACUGCUAAAUCAGUACUGCUGGAUUUCUUCUGUCAACAUUUUUCAUGGACUUACUUAGUUAUCUACCCACAAUGCUGUGAUAGGUCAGUUGUUUCAAGUGUCAAUGUCUAAGGGCACAGUCACACAUACAAGAUUGUAGCAGAGGCAAAACUUUGCCUCCUGUUCACUUACAAUCUGUGUGAGCGACGAGGCUAAUACAACAAUUGCUUCCUGUGGCAAAGCAAAUCCACAGUGUGGCUUUAUGUGAGAUUUAACUUUAAUGAAGUUUGACCCACACCAUUUGCCAUGUGUGACUGCGCUCUAAGACACCAUAUUUAUUUUCACACACCAGGUGGAAAAAAAGGCCUGCCACUACCCUGCCUCUGAUUGGCAAGUAGUUGUUAUCUUCAUUGGUUGGGUUGGAUUGGUUUAGGUAUGAAGAUUGUUUAGGGUUACUGAAAGAGAAUCAGGGUAAAUCAAUCAGAGGUUGGGUGGGGUAGGGUAGUUGGCCAUCUCUGGUGGGAAGUUAUUGGGGGUCACAAAGGGGCCACAAAACAAAAAAGGAACCACUGGUAUAGAAUGAUCGACAAGAAUAAAGCCCAGUUGGGAGUUUUCUCCCCCCUAUUACUUAUUUUGAAAUGGAAGCUAUCUUUUGAUCCUCCUCACUGAGUGUGUGACCGGUCAUGAUGUUUGUUGUUUUUAACUGAAACUGCUUCUCAGCGGUGACAAGGGUCUUGUUUGUUUUUCAUUCUUUUUAUUAGUUUAUGAGUUGUACACUAUUUUGUACAUCUGCAUUGCUUGAACAAUAAUGAAAACUGACAAAGGGGCAGGUUUGACAAAAAACCGGAUGAACAGGCACUCGUGCUCUUGUAUGAUGACUAAUUAUCAGUAACAGAUAUGACAAUAAUCUAUGAGUAUAGUACUCUUACUCUAAGAGUAGCUCUGGGUGUCACUGACACUAGAACAAGCUCAGUCCACAGCCUUGGGGUGGGCAGUUAAAUCAAAUCUAUUAGACAGGAUGGCUGCCCUCACAAACCUUUGGUGUUUAUUGAAUUUAUAAGAAAGGCAUGCUUUCUUGUGCAUGUGGCUCCCAGAACAGGCCUUAUUUGUCCACAUCUGACAUUCUUGUUUUUUCCUUCUUUUCUCUUCCUUUUCCCUUCCUGAGAAAGUUGACAGAGCAGUAGAAGCCUCCCUCGAGGGGGCAAGGACUUUACUUCCUGCCAGCUUAUAAAAUCAAACUGAACAAAGACAUUAUUUGUAGUAAAAUCCAAUUUUUUCCCUCUUAUAUUGCUUCCUUGUGUGAUUAAAACAAACUGGUACUACUGCCAUUCAAAUAAAACUACAUCAGCAAAUUGAUUUGCAGUGGGGGGAAGAACAUCCGCAGUAGCAGAAGGUUGACUGUAACCCAGUUUUGGUCAUGAAAUCGUAUUCUCAGAGGGGCAGUUGGGCUUUUCCCUUUCUUCCUUGUGCAGUGCAGGGAGCCACUGCAGAAGAUGGUGUUGAAUAUUAAUCACAACAAGAGAAGGGAAGCCCCCUUUUCAACUGUCCUUGGUCUUUGAGGCUGUUAUCAUGCAGCAAACUAAAGGAGUUAAUACAAAUGGAAGAGAAAUAUUAUCCUCCUCUCUUUGUUAUGAUGUCAUGAUAAUAAUGAUGCCCCUCUCCAACCUGCACAUAUUGCAUCUUUCUCUGCUGGGUUGCAGGAGUCUCCUCUUGUGGCUAAGUGGACUCUAGGGCAGAAGCUGCAUUCCUCAUUACGGGAACAGUGACUGAGAUGAAAAGAGGUGAACACAAAUAAGGCAUAAAGAGGAUAGUGUUUUUUUUCAAUGAACAAUUUUGUGCAUUUGUAUCCUUUUUAUAUUGGCACUAAUCAGCUGUAAAGAAAUAAAAUAUCAGUAAUUCCCCUCUCGGUUAUGACAGCCCUAAUGCUUCCUUGUUGAUAGUAAUAACUCAGCGCAAUGUGACAGUUCUGGGAAAAGAGGAAGACAGCUGUGUUUCCUAUAGAUCAUAAGUCAAAAUGUGUCAGAGCUGAGUCAGUGGGAUGUGACGACCGCACAGCAACCCUAACAAUUCAAUGAAAAUGGCCAUAAAGGUUGAUUAUCCAUCGGUACACAUGUACAAAGAUUCGAUUUUGAUGUGUAUUAAAGCACAAUGUCACAGGACCUAUAGACUAAAUCAAUGUCCUUCAUUAGAUUUAGGCAGAUACUGUGUAACUGGAAACACUGUGGUAAAUGGUGUUUGUAUACUAACCAGUAGCCUGUCAAAUGCUUUGAUGCAUAGCUGUGUGUAGGUCUGCAUGAGAGAUCAACAUUUUAGUAAAAAUCUUUGUUAAAAAUGUUUUCUCAGACUCACUAUACAAAACGAUUAUGUCUAUAGUUGACGGUCAUUUGUUUUAAGGCAGAGUUGGAAACAUUGGUAUGACUAGAGGUUUUGUAUUUUGUGGAAUCACAACUUUAAAGAUUUUGUGAGAUUUAUCUCUUUAAAGGUAGAAGUAUUUCUGUAUUCCUUGCUUGUUAGUAAAAUGCUUCAUUUCUCAAAGAAAAAAAAGGCUGGCUUUCUUAACCACUUUGCUUUUGUUGAUCCAAAUCUAUUGAGCCUUGAGGGACCAAGUCAUAAAAAAGUGUU